AUGACAUCAUCCAUUUCAAACAAUCGCUUUAAAUUAUUAGUUCUCGAUCUCGAUGUACAGCAAAUUAGUAUCGAAACUCUACGCAAAUAUUUUACUGCUUAUGGGCCAGUUGAAUGGGUUCAAAUCUUUCCUGAAUCGACUUCCGCGAUGAUAUUUUUUGUUAGUUAUAUGAUUGUCGAUCAUUUAAUCUCUUGCAGAACAUGUUUCAUUGGUGAAAAUCGUGUUCGAUUACGUCGAUACCGACUCGAUCAAAAUAAUUGGCAUAUUGACUCGCAUACUUUAUAUAUUAAAUUGAAUUCAAGUUUGACGCUGACAGAACAAUCAUUACGUCAAUGUUUUCGAGAGUAUCAAUCACAAAUUACGAAGAUCGAGGUCAUUCACGACAAUCAAGCAUUGAUUUCAUUUUCAAAUUACGAUUGUGUGGAUCAAAUUCUCCUUAUACCAAUGAAUUCAUAUCACAUUGAACGAAUUCCACUUGUUUUCGAACGAAUGAUGGACAAAAUCAGGAAAACGUCACGUUGGGAUCAAAAGCCAACUUGUCUAUCAACUACACCAGUCUUAGCUGUUCGAAAUCCUCUCGUUCAUAAAUUGGUUAGUCAUAUUGAAUAUUUAACAAAACAACUUAGAGAGCAGCCUAGUCGUACUCAGAAUCAAAUUAAUAAACUCGAAGCGGAAGUAUUUGUCUUAAGAAACGAAAAUGCGAGAUUGAAAUCGAAACAGACUUUCUCAACAAGUGAUACUAUAGAGCAACGGAUUAAGACACUAGAGGACAUUUCUAAUCGAUUAAUCAAUAAUCAUUACCACGAAAAGAAUCGACGAGAACGAAGUUAUACUGAUAUUCAUUCAUUUCAAAUAACAAAAUACACAUUAAAUUCUACAAUGGGUUGGAGUAGUGAUAAUCUCUUCCGUGGAUACGGUGGAUAUAAUUCGGGAUUUGGUGGACACCAUCAUCAUCAUCAUGGUUUCGGUGGAUAUCCAAUGGGUGGAUUCGGUGGAUAUCCGAUGGGUGGAGGUUUUGGCGGCUACCCAAUGGGUGGUGGAUACCCGAUGGGAGGAUACGGUGGUGGAUAUGGAUAUGGCUAUGGAUGGUAA